UCCCAGGGGUUUCCCAGGGUAUCUCGGGAAGGCCUGGUGGGGACAGUGUGAAUGUCAGCAUAGAAGGUGCUCAAAGCACUUUAAUUCAAGUAAAAAGAGGGCCGAAGAGCAAGAAACGUGGACGUCAACUCCUCUCGGGAGGCUUUUUGUCUUGAUUUACGCUGUUGAGCCAGCGUUUUUGCCAGGUGGAUGUGUGGACCUGGGUCCACGUCCGGCUGGGCGUGUAGCUGGCAGUGACGGUUUGCUCGUCGCAGUCGCGUCUUCCCCACCGCGGCGCAGUUUUCCGUGAACAUGAUCUGUACUUUGCUGCGAGCUGUCCGCUGUACGGAGAAGCUGCACAGGUCCUCGGGGAAGCGGCUGUUCUUGCCACACUUGGUGUUUAACAAAGCUGGCUUGCAGACUGAGCCCAAUCUGAGGUGGAGGCUGCAAGAGCAGAGGAAAACGGUGCGGCCAAAGUGUAUUUUAGGAGUCACCCAGAAAAACAUCUGGACGCAAGGACAGAGCCCCCCGAGAGCCGAGGAGGACAGCAGCAAACAAGUGUCUGUGCACAGAAGUCAGAGCGGGGAAACCGUCAUCUCGACCUCACAGAAAGUGAAAGAAGCUGGAAGAGAUUUUACCUAUUUAAUAGUGGUGCUUGUUGGAAUCACCAUCACAGGUGGCUUGUUUUAUACGAUCUUCAGAGAGCUUUUUUCUUCAUCCAGUCCUAAUAAGAUAUAUGGGAAAGCCCUAGAAAAAUGCAGAUCGCAUCCCGAGGUCAUCAGCGUCUUCGGGGAGCCCGUCAAAGGCUACGGGGAGGCGACGAGACGCGGGCGGAGGCAGCACGUCAGCUUUGUUGAGUACGUAAAAGACGGGCUGAAACACAUGCGUGUGAAAUUCUACAUCCAGGGCCCCGAGCCUGGGAAGCAGGGAACGGUGCACCUGGAGGUGAAAGAGAACCCAGAAAGCGGCGAAUAUGAAUUUCGAUAUAUAUUUGUAGAACUUGAACCCUACUCCAGAAGAACUAUCAUCGUUGAAGAUAAUCGAUCCUAAGACGGUUAAGAGAACAGCAGGCGUGUGCUCCCUGAUGGACAUGGAGGGGGCAGGCUCUGCCCUUCUCAGCCCUCUUCCAGAGUCUAUUUUGAAUAAAAUAGGGAAGAAUAGAGCUCAUCAAAGUGAAGGCAACGGGGUAGUUGUUGCAGUUAGACAGACUGAAUUAGAGAUUUCCUUGAAGUGAGAGAUCAUGAAAUAGAGCAUACUUUGUUAUCUCAUCAAACCGCCAGUCAUGGGCAGUGUUUCUGCUCUUAACAUCAUCUUUGUGGUAAGAAUUUUUGGUUAUGAAAAAUUUUACACCAUAUAAAUAAAAAAAGAGUUCAGUAUUUUACGCUUUUUUUAUGUUACGUAACUGUAAAAUCUGUGAAAUAAAGUUGAAACUAACAAAAAGA